CAAAAAAUGAUCAGAGACUGGGACGAACUGUCAGAAGAAUGGCAGGAAACUACCGACGCUUUGCAGACAGAAUCAUAUCCGACUGGCCCAUUCUCGGGGAGUCAAAGCGCCGAAGAUGCGUCGGACGACGGAAAUGCAGACUCAUCUACCGUGCGAGUCAUCGGAGAUCAGCAGAGGCACAGUGGCAUAUCGGCUAACUCACGCCCUUGGGAAAGGAGCCAGCUGAAGGAUAUGUUUAGCCCCCUUUCUUUGGAGAGACUUUUUAAAGCCCCGGUUGGGUCAAGGCCUGAUUCAACUCCUCCCAAAGGAAUGGCAUCGCGAUAUAAUGCAGUUUCAGAGCGGUGGGCGGACCAAGCACUUUCAGAUACAGCACACUCUGUCGCGAUGAUGCAUGAAGAGGCGAAUGCGCUGCACAGACCGGAGGAGAAAGGAUAUCCAUCGGAAGAACCUCUUGUACACUGGGACCAUCAAAUACCUGCCCACGCGUUCGCCGAACUGUCAUUAUUUGUGGACCCAGAUGUCCAUCCGAAAACGCAAUUAGCUGAUCUAACAGGCCUGGACGUCUCCGCUUCGCGCAUUGAGGGUAAUCAAGAUAUAUCUUUAUCACUAGGUGAACGAUCAUAUCGGGAUCGUGGUGGGGGUCCGAGCUCAGAAGGGACUCCCAAGAAACAUCGCCAGCACGCCCAGUAUUGGGGAAACGGAUCCAUAGGAGUUCCACGGGGACCGCAGGUUCCAAAGAGAACAGAAUGGCCAGAGGCGCAUAAGAAGUUAAUGCUGCCAAGAAACAAUCUUGGAGCCGACAAUGAUGAUCCCCCUCGCCGCCCAUCGACUGGCAGAGAUACGACUCUCAGCAAUACUUCGUGGCCCGAUGGUGCCGACCUGUUUCAAGUUGACUACGACACAAAAACGCGCAGCUACCUUGAGGCACUUGUGGAUGAGCUGCGAAGUAGCAAGCAGCAGCCUCAGAAUCAAGGGAGAAACGACGGAGGCGAUACUGGCAUAGACCUAACCCAGAAUACAAGCGCGAACAUUGAACUUAGACCCAUAGCCUCUACGACCCACGACCUAAUUCCAUCACACGACUCGCAAUUGGAGCCAUCGAUUACACACCUCAAUCACAAGUCAUACACUGUAAAUAAUGCACCGUACUACUCAGACGAGGAUGAGGCUAAUGAACCAAUCGACAUACCUCCGAGCGCAGAACCCGCCUCUGCGGAUGAUUGUCCAAGAAAUGUUAGCAUGCCCGCAGACCUUCAGAGCUACCCUUCAGAUAUUGAUUUUUUGGAGGACGUGUUCGAAAACUCUAUCCGAGCUUCUCGCUCUCGGGGUCCAGCACAAGCCUUCGCUGGGUCUGUGGAAAUACAUGGACAAAGGGGGAAUCAUUCCGGUAGCCCGAACAAGUCGUCAACCAAGUCGGAAUCGGGAAGGAGUAGUCAGUCCAAGAUUCUAACAAUUCGAAACCUUAGCAGCGCGAAAAAUAAAUCAUCAGUCAUACUUUCGCAUCUUGGUGCUAGCUCACAAAUGCGAUUCAAUGAGGACAAACAGCGCUGGGAAGAAAAUGAUGAUUUGAUGGAAGAAAUACCACACUCCGUCGCUGAAGGCACUGCUCAGGCUUCAGCUGCGCGGCAAGAGCCCGCUGAACAGUGCAUUACAGGAACUGGCCCAGUACCUGCGAACCUUGAGCAAGAGGCACAAUACAUGUACGGAAGUCCUGACUCCGGCGACAUCCGCAGCGUGGCCGGUUGCAGUGACGCAACAGUUCAAGCAGGGACAGAAACGCAGCCAGAGAUUGCCACAACAUUAAGCAGACAGCCGGGAGAUCAGCUUCAAAGGGAGCUUCACGAAGAGUUACCACAGAUUCGCAGCCCCACCUCAGUUCGGUCACAGCGAAUGGUCUUGGAAGACCUCCAUACUCCUGCUGUAACCCGAACAGGAAGCCGAUUCCAAAGUAACCCUGAGCGGAAGGAAGAGCCGGGGGAGCCAGGCACUUCUGGCGGAAUGCUACCGAAUCUUGCGAAAGCCCUAAAACUCCAGGCGGACUGGAUGACCAUGACUCACCUGGAUCUAAGUCGAUACGGGAUUGGCUCUGUUCACAGUCUGAAGAGACAUGCCCCUCAAGUGCGGACUCUGAAAGUGAACGACAAUAAGCUUCCGUACCUCAAUGGGGUUCCAGAAACUGUCGCGGUUUUGCAUGCUCAGAACAACCUCCUCUCCAACAUCACGACAUUUGCCCAUCUUCCAGCCCUGCAAUUUCUCGAUAUAUCCGGUAAUAUGGUUGAAGAUCUCUCCGGGUUGACGUGUUUACCAAAUCUACGUGAACUCCAUGCGGCAAAUAAUAGAAUCCGCCAUUGUGCCCACCUGAUAUAUAUGCCUCGCCUAGUACGAGCGAAUCUUCGUGGGAACAAUAUCGCUCGAAUUGAACUAAAAUUCCAUGGGCCUUACCGUUUGGAAUAUUUGGAUUUAUCUUGCAACGACAUUGACAAUGUUACUGGAAUUGAGCGCCUCGUGUGCCUCCGAGAACUGAUACUAGACCAGAACCGUCUGGGUAGUCUAAAUCUCCGAGGAGAGCUGUCGAACAUGGAAGUUUUGAGCCUUAAUGACAAUGAAUUGCAAACAUUUGACGGCCGGCACUGGCCGAACCUGCGACGAUUGUCACUGGACCGAAACCGAAUACAGCAUUUCAGCCACGAAAAAUAUUUGUCACAUUUGCAGAAUCUGUCAAUAGAGCGUCAGAGUGUGCCAGUACUGAUGAUAAAGUUUUCGCACCUACGGCGACUCACUGAUUUGCGUAUUUCAGGCAAUUCGUUUCGAGACUUGCGUGCUCUGCGACACAACAUCCGGCUGCAGUUUUUGGAGGCACAGGCGACUGGCAUAUCGCAUAUUCCUGAAGACUUUGCAAGAAACCUACGGGAGUUGGCACAUCUGAAUCUCAGCGAUAAUGAAAUAACAGAAAUUCAGACCGUGCGACAUCUGAAAUCCUUGCGGUCGCUGAUCAUGACAGGAAACGCGAUUGAGGACUUUGCGAUGAUUAGUGAGGCUUUGAAAGGGCUAACGCGGGUGGAAGUACUGGAUUUCAGGCACAAUCCGGUCACUGCACGCUUUUAUGCACAGCGGACAACUCCGCUGGAUGAAUCGCAGUGGUUGACUUCAGAUGAGCUUUUCCGCAAGCAGCUGAACGACGCGGAUUUUGUCCGACGGACAUGCUACCGCAGCAGCUUGAUAAGCAUACUACGGGGUUCACUUCGAUCCUUGGACAACAUUGCAACAGGAGAGCCGGACAAAAAGGUGGCUAAAUAUCAAAUGAGCCGUCUCAAAAGCUCGUUGCGCAGAUCAAUGAGCAGUGUCACGAUGGGAGACUAGGAACGGUAUUAUAAUUGAUGAAGGUUUCAACAGCGGCCUAUACAACUUUUGGUGCCAUCGAUAUGAUCUUUGUCCAUCGCUUCUGUCUGCACUCGUUUGCAACUGCCCCUAGCACUCUAUUCCCCAAUGGCUGCCC